UCCUUUUUCCUUCAGGUUAUGUUCUUCAACACAGAUCCACACUAUCUCUUAUUCAUCAUCAGCAAUGACUUGUAGAUUGCUUCAGAUCCUCAUGAUCUCUUCUUUCCAUCUCAUCUAUCUAUCAACUCAACAAGAGAUAGAGUUUCUCUACGACAACUUUCACAAGCAAGAAAAUCUUUACCUUGAUGGAUCUGCAACAGUUCUUCCCAGUGGAUUAUUACAGCUCACAAACGCUGGAGAUCAUCAAAUGGCUCAUAUUUUCUACAAGAAACCAAUCAAGCUCAGUCCUUAUAAACCACUCUCUUUCUCAACACACUUCGUUUGCGCUCUGGUUCCUCAGCCAGGGCAUGAAGGUGGUCAUGGCAUGGCCUUUGUAAUAUCUCCUUCUACAGAUUUCUCGCAUGCAGAAUCAACUAGAUACUUGGGGAUCUUCAACGUGUCCAAAAAUGGUUACCCUUCUUCUGAUGUGCUUGCUGUUGAGCUCGACACUAUUUGGAAUCCAGAUUUUGAAGAUAUAGACAAGAACCAUGUGGGGAUUGAUGUCCACAGUCCUCUCUCUGUAGGAAUAGCUUCAGCUUCUUACUAUUCAGACAUAAUGAGGAAGAACGAAAGCAUAAACCUCCUGAGUGGGAAGCCAAUACAGGUGUGGGUGGAAUAUGAAGGCACUUUGCUCAAUGUCUCAAUGGCUCCUCUUGAAGUUGAGAAGCCAAGCCGGCCUCUGCUGUCACAAUUCAUCAAUCUUACAGAAGUGUUUCCUAAUAGUUCAAGUCUUUUCGUUGGAUUCUCUGCUGCAACAGGGACAGCUACAAGCUAUCAGUAUGUUCUUUCUUGGAGUUUUUGCACAAACGGAGGAUCUUUACAGAUUCUUGACUUGUCAAGACUCCCUGAUGUUCCUCCUCCAAGAUCUGAGCACAAGAAUCUUUAUCAGCUGUUCAUAGUCUUGCUUGGUUUUGUGGCUACCAUGGGGUUAGGUGUUCUCAUAGGAGUGUAUCUUUUCAGGAAAUGCAAGUACGCAGAAGUGACUGAGGAAUGGGAGAAGGAGUUUGGUGCACAUAGAUUCUCUUACAAGUCACUAUACAAAGCAACAAACGGGUUCAGCAAAGAUGGGUUUCUUGGAAAAGGAGGCUUUGGUGAAGUGUACAGAGGAACUCUUAUGCUGAGCAGAGAGAUAGCUGUGAAGAGAAUGUCUUAUAAUGGUGAUGAAGGUGUGAAGCAGUUUGUGUCUGAAGUGGUGACCAUGAGGUGUUUAAAACACAGGAACCUUGUUCCACUUCUUGGUUACUGCAGGAGAAAGCAUGAGCUUCUUUUGGUCUCUGAGUACAUGCCCAACGGUAGUCUUGACGAGCAUUUGUUUGAUGAUCAGAGACCAGUACUUUCUUGGCCUCAGAGGCUUGUGAUCCUUAAAGGGAUAGCUUCUGCUCUUUGUUACUUGCACACAGGUGCUGAUCAAGUUGUUCUGCAUAGAGAUAUCAAAUCUUCAAACAUUAUGUUGGACGGUGAGUUCAAUGGAAGGCUAGGGGAUUUUGGUAUGGCGAGGUUUCAUGACCAUGGAGGGUAUGCAUACCCAACAGGAGCCGUUGGAACUAUAGGGUACAUUGCGCCGGAAGUGAUCGAUAUGGUGGCUUCCACUGGAACUGAUGUGUAUGCCUUUGGUGUUUUCAUGCUUGAAGUGACAUGUGGGAGGAGACCUGUGGAACCACAGUUACAAUGCGAGAAACGGCUUCUGAUCAAAUGGGUUUGUGAGUGCUGGAAAAGGGAUGCUUUGCUUGAGGCUGUUGACCCGAGACUGGGAGAUGAGUUCUUGCAAGAGGAAGUGGAGAUGGUUAUGAAACUUGGUUUGCUAUGUUCAAGUACUGUGCCGGACUCGAGGCCUACGAUGGAACAAGUGGUUUUAUACUUAAACAACAGCCUGCCUUUGCCUGAUGUUUCACCAUAUACUGUGGGGGUUAGUAGUCAUUCUUCGGUUUUGAUUGAUGCAGCCUCUCUUGUAGCUUCAAGUAGCUGGUCAGCUUCCUCGAACUCUUCUUCCCUGGCCAAAAGCUCCCCUGCAAAAGAAUGA